AUGAUCAAUGGAGAGACGACUGCCGAGGCCGCCUCUCCCGAUCCGUCCCUUUCUUUCGAUCGCAAAUCGGACGGUGACGGUGGCGAUGCCUCGCCCCGAUCUCCUCCGUCGCGGUACUCGUCGUUCGGCGAGUCCGAGUACGAGCGCUAUUGUAGCGCCAACUCGGUUAUGGGCACGCCGAGCAUGUGCAGCACAAUCACGGUAUUCAAUGAUUUUCCUGAGCCCGAAUUCGGGUCGCUAAAAAGUUCGGGUUUUGUGGACGAGAGUGGUGGUUUGGAUAAUUUUAGUUUGGGAGGGAGGAUUGAGAGAAAUCGAGAGGAUCGGAGAGUUUCAGGUAGUGGUAGGAUUGAGUUUUGUAAGGAGGAUGAUAGUAUUGAAUGUCGGCGGAAUACGAACUAUGGGUCUAGUGGGUUGGAAUUGUAUGGCAAUGAGGAUGCUCAUGGAGUUGAUGGUUUAGAUGAAUUGAUGUCUUGGAAGCUUGAGAGUGGAUCGUCGGGUUUAAGGGGUGUUUCACAAUUGAAGUAUGGUUCGGAUGAUAGUGAUGAAGACAGUGAAAAGGGCAUGGAAGUGCAGAGAGGAGUUGUAGGAAAAGGGAAAACUAGUGCUGAAUUUGAACGUGUGGUGGCCCGAGAGACUAAUGAUUCGAAUUGGGUUGGAACUAGUUCCCAAUUUGUACCCAAGGUUGAAGAGUUUGAUGGGGUAAAAAUGGAGUUCUGUACUUCGGAAUUUGAUGGAAGAGAGAUUGAUAGGGAAGAAGGAACCUCAUCUAGAAAUGAGUACUCAGAGGAUGAGGGGUCUAUGUAUGGUUCAGAUGAUGAGAAGAGUGGCUUUAGUCAACAGAGGAAUGUGCACUAUCAUCAGCAAGCAAAACCAGAGAAUGAAAAUCCGUUUCUUAUCAACUCAUCUGUAGCCUUUGGUUCGGAUGAUUGGGAUGAUUUUGUGCAAGAAAGCGACCGAAGUAAUAUAGCUUCUUUAGCUAGGAAUGUGUUCCGGCGCCAGAUAGAACAGAAGGUUGAAACUGAAAGGAAAGUUUCAAAUUCCACUUCCCUCGCUUCAGUUGAGCGUCAGAGUACAAGUCAGACUGAGCAGGGAAAAUAUGUGACAAGCAUGCCCACAGAAAGCCAACUAGUUCAAGCUGAUAAGAAAUUGGCAGAAUAUGUUAAUAGUUCCAUGGUACCUGCUAGUUCUCCAAAUAUUAUUGAAACAGAAAAAGUAGAAGAUGUGAGGGACAUUCCUGUGGCCAGUUAUCAAGUCCAAGCUAUUGAUGAUCCGAUUGAAUUUACCGAAAGUUCUUUUACAACCCCAACUGGUUUUCAAAAUGUUCAAGAACCAGAGCAAGAAGGUUCAAGAGACAUUCCUUUGACCAAGAAUCAAAAUCCAGGUCCUGACGAAGCAGCAAAAGAAAGUCCUGAUGAAAAUGGUUUAAACAUUAUGGAUGACCGCAUUUCUAAUGCGCAUACACGUGUGAAUGCUGGGGAUGUCAUUGGGAUUGAUGAUGGUCAAGAUUUAGAAAACAAAAAUUUGGGGAAUCUAAAAGUUAAACCAAAUCCCCUUUCUGAUAUAUCAACUAAUCAGCUUAGCAUCUAUGCAACCAGACCUCCUGGAAAUAUGAAGGGGAAAUUCCUUGCAGACGAUAAGCCAAGCACGCCGACAUCAAUUUUUGAAAAUAAAAUGAGGGAAAGUUCUGUUUCAGAAGAUCUCUUUGAAAACUAUCCUAAGCCCGUUAAGACAGAUAAUUUUGAGCUAAAUGAAUUCUACGAUGAGGUUGUUAAUGAGAUGGAAGAAAUUCUGCUCGACUCUGCUGAGUCCCCAGGGGCAAGGUUCGCUCAUGGUAACAGGAUUUUACAGUCACAGCAAUCUCUACCGUUAAGAGAUGGUGGAUCGACUGCUUCUACUUCUGGCACAGAUGAUGCUUACUUGUUCAAUCAGAAUUCAUUGAGAAUUGAUGGGGUCGAAGUGGUAGGUGCAAGGCAGAAGAAGGGAGAUGUCUCAUUCAGUGAAAGACUGGUGGGAGUGAAGGAAUAUACUGUGUAUAUAAUAAAAGUGUGGAGUGGCAAGGAUCAAUGGGAGGUUGAACGUCGAUAUCGUGAUUUCUAUACACUCUAUCGUCGAUUGAAAACAUUGUUUGCUGACCAUGGCUGGAAUCUACCUUCUCUCUGGUCUUCUGUAGAAAAGGAAUCCAGAAAGAUUUUUGGAAAUGCAUCUCCUGAUGUUGUUGCAGAGAGAAGUGUUCUCAUUCAAGAGUGUCUGCAAUCCAUUCUCCAUUACAGGUUCUUUUCCAGUCCACCGAGUGCAUUAAUAUGGUUUUUGUCUCCUCAAGAUUCAUUUCCUAGCUCCAUGGCAUCAAAUGUGUCCGACUCUAAUACUAAAAGGGCAUACACUGAAAACUUUUCCACUUUAGGAAAGACCAUAUCACUUAUUGUUGAAAUUCGACAAUACAAAUCUUUGAAGCAGAUGCUAGAAGCACAACAUUAUACUUGUGCUGGAUGUCACAAGCAUUUUGAUGAUGGAAAGACUUUGAUACGGGAUUUUGCACAGACAUUUGGAUGGGGCAAGCCUCGACUUUGUGAAUAUACUGGUCAAUUAUUUUGCUCGUCGUGCCAUACAAAUGAAAUUGCAAUCAUACCAGCAAGGGUGUUGCAUAACUGGGACUUUACUCAGUAUCCAGUUUCGCAGUUGGCUAAAUCUUAUCUGGAUUCUAUACAUGACCAGCCCAUGCUUUGUGUCAGUGCUGUUAAUCCGUUCCUUUUCUCGAAGGUCCCAGCCUUGCUUCAUGUUAUGGGUGUCAGGAAGAAAAUUGGCACCAUGCUUCCUUAUGUUCGUUGUCCAUUCCGUAGGUCAAUCAACAAAGGACUUGGGGCUCGGAGAUAUCUUCUAGAAAGCAAUGAUUUUUUUGCACUGAGAGACCUCAUUGAUCUUUCAAAAGGAGCCUUUGCAGGUUAG